GAUCCCACGGGUGUAGUACUGUUUAACAAAAACAAAGCAGCUCAGUCAGUCCGGAAGGAAAUGUUCCUCAUGCUAGAUGCUUUUAAACUGGACAAGUUAAACAGGCGCCAGAACGGUACAGAUACAAUAAUAUCAUUGGUUGCAGACUUUUAACAUUUGCACCGAACUCUAUGUUUUUCUGCAACCAGCAUCGGGACACUCCGCUGGCAGUUAAGAGGUGUCAAAAACGAACUCUUAUUUGUACGCAGCCUGCAGGACGGAUACUGUACACUGCAGCGAGGUAGAAUGUAACUACCAACAACCGCUAAUAACCAGCAGCUUUCCGAUUUAUUAAAAUGGAAACAUUUGUAUCCUCGUGAGCGUUUUUUUGCAGUUUGGCGCAGUCUGUCUGGAUAUCGCGGGUGCUAACAAAAUGGAGGGUAAUAAGUGCUUGUUAAGUUGGCUAGUGUAACGUUAUAUGGAGCCGUGCUUUUAGACUGCGUGUUGGGGAUAUUAUUGUUGGACGGGGAGAAAGACUAACAUAAAUAUGUCAGGAAUACAGUAAACACAUUCAGUUAAGACGGCUUUUACCGGAAGUGGAACGCUGUUACCAAACUAUAACGUGGGUGAUUGACUGCACAACAACAACAGAAUGUGUUGUGAUGUGACACGCCUUUACCGACAGCCACUUAUAAAAUAGAGUAUUAAAGGAGGAGCAGGUAGCACAAAAUGACAGACUCCGGGGAUAGAGCAGAUGUUCCCGGCCCCUCUGGCCUCAGCAGCGGGACCGGGCUAGGCUUCAGCGUGGGCAGAGGACUCCCAGGCCGGGUCAGGAGUCUGUCCUCUCCCACCCCACCUGGAAGACUGACGUCUCUCAGAACCAGGGACCUGACACUGGGGGGAGUGCUUAAAAAACCAAAGAAAACCUUUGAGCCAAAUGUGCAUGCCGUGAGGAAAAGCAGAGAUGAGUUAAAGGAGGAGAUCCAUGUGGCUCCAAAAAAGGAGAGAAGAGAGAGGGAUGAGAGGAGAAGAGAAAACAGAGGGAGGAGGAGAGAGAGGCCUCAGACCAUUCAGUCUCACUCCAUCUUUGAACAGGGUCCCGCCGACACCAUACGCAAAACAGGCUGGCGCGGUACCACAGACCUGCACGACUCCGCCACCUCUCCUGUGUGUAAACUGGUGAAGAAAGAGAGGAAAGACUCAGAAGAGGAUGAAGAUGAGAUUCUCAGUAAACUACAGAGGGAUGAUUUCAUAGAUGAUCCAGGCCUGAGGAAUGAUGCCAAGCUGAAACCCAUCCAGCUACCCCUGUGUCAGUCCAGUAGCUUCAGUAAGAGUCAAACACGGAUGACCACCACAGCAUCUCCAGAGACCCCUCCUCUGUUCAGACCUCCAUCCUGCAGAGCUCAGAGCAGAGCAGGCCACGGAAGAACAGAGCUGCCCAAACCAGAGCAGCCAUCUAUGGUGGAGCUGCUGCAGGAUCUCAGCCUGUCUGGCAGAGAGGAGCUCUUUUUCAUGCAGUUACCUGACAGCAUGCCGGGCACAGUGUCUGGACAGAAGGCUGACGCCCCUCUAGGAUCUACAGCAGAGAAACCUGCCAAGAAGGAAGGCAAGCCUGAAGACAAGAGGCCUUCACAUCUAGAAGCACAACAGGCUGCGGUGAAGGAGGGCUGUCCUGUGCUGUCACAGCUCCCAGAAGGAUUUUUGGGUAAACUGCAGAUCAGAAAGUCAGGAAAGGUGGAGCUGAAGCUGGGUAACAUCACCAUGGACGUCUCUGAGGGAGCUGCAUUCUCCUUCCUGCAGCAACUGGUGUCUGUGCAUCUGUCUGAUGGUCGAACUGGAGACAUGAUGGUGUUGGGAAACAUCCAUCACAAACUGGUCUUAUCUCCUGACUUCCAGGCUUUACUGAGAGAGGCUUCAACACAGCAGCAACAGGAACCCUGAUUAUCUGUCAUAUAUUACACAGACACCCAACAGAGCUGAGACCACACAGCACAGAUUCUAUGACACAUGAAAAGAUAAGUUUGAAUUGUGUGGGAUUCCUGACCUGUUACCACACCAACAGAUCACUGUGGAGGAAAGGUCUAUUGUCCAUACCUCUGCUCACCAACAGAUCACUGUGGAGGAAAGGUCUAUUGUCCAUACCUCUGCUUUGAGGUUUUUAAGGCAGCUAUGUACCGUAGAGUUAUCCCGUUUGUGCUAUGAUUUUGUUUUGUUUUUUUAACAUACUGUGAUAGCAAAACAAUCUGCCAGAAUCUGAAUGAUUGUUUUUCUCUGAUGUGAAGACACUGCCAGGGGGACAUGUUUUUUAGAAAGAUACAGAUAAUCAUGAGAUAAAUACAUGGUAUCAGAUUCAACCUACUGACCCAUGAGGACUGUUGUGGAUGUUACCUGAGCGCAGGCCAUUCGUUUACACUCGAUCAGUUCUAUAAACACCAGCAGAGCAGGCAACAUGAUUGCCAGCUUGAGACCGACUGAAGACCAGCAAACGUUGUUCCCAGCUACAGGCUGAGUUAGUCGAUGCCCAAAGGAAGAUCACUGAGGACGCCCAUCAUCAGAGGCUAUCUUUAAACAAAGACAGAUGAUGUUAUCAUUUGGCCGAAGUUCUUGACUUUGGUCCAUCAGAACCACUGAGUGAAUGUCAGUUCAAUUCAGGGCUUUACAGCAUACGACAUCCCUCUGUCCUUAGGACCCUCGCAGUGGAUAAGGAAAAACUCCCCCCAAAAAACCUUUAUAAUUACAGGUGCUUUGAUAAAGUGAUCUUUCAUGUGUGCACUGAGCUCCUUUAUUAACUCCUAUAGAUCUGUCUCUGAAAAAUGGGAAAAUGGUGCAAAGCAAAUUCCUCAACUGCUCAACCAGUUACAGCAUUGAUGCACAGUCACUGCACUGAUGUACAGUUACUGGACUGAUGUACAGCUGCAAUUUGUAACUUAUGUUGUAUUAAGCAAAAUCAUAUAUAUUAGUUUUUCCAGUUUUAUUAUUGGAUGUUUGUGUUGUGUUUUUGAACCAGCAUGUUUGUUUGUUUUUGUUAGAUUUUUUGUAUUUUUGUUUUUUGCUACCUCAGUAUCAUUUACUGUUUCACUUCUCCUCAUCAGACUCUUACGCGUCAGCUUCAUAGAGCAACUUAACAGCAGCUGUAAAUCCAGGUGUUGCUCACCUCCAGCGAAGUUGGUGAAGUAAAACUGUUAUGUAUGUAAGACUUUAUUUUAAAGCUCAAGUGUGUAGGAUUUAGGGUAUGAAUAUUGUCAGAAAUGGAAUAUAAUAUUCAUAACUAUGUUGUCAUUAGUUUAUAAUCACAUGGAAGUAAGUAAAGUUGUGUUUUCUGUACCUUAGAAUGAGCCAUUUAUAUCUACAUAUGGAGCGGUCCUCUUGCUCAGAGUCCAUCAUGUUGUUUCUGCAGUAGCCCAGAAAGGACAAACCAAACACCGGCUCUUGAUUGGGCCACCGUAGUUCUUCUACACACUUCGCACACAGGAGAAGUGUCAGUUCUGCAAUUGCUAGAUUGCUAGAUGCUACUUAAUCCUACAAACUCUCAAAAACCCUUCAUUACAGUUUCUGGAAGUCCUUUCAGAUGAUCUUUUUUUAAAAAUAUUAAGUCAAGCUGUCAGAACAAUAACAGUACCUAAAUCUCAGCAUCUUGAAUGACCUCUUAAUAAAAUCAAAUGCAGAAGACUGCAGCUUCUGAUACAGUAGAUGGUGUCAUUCUGAUAAACAGGCAGUGGGUUACUUAUAAGGUUAUUCAUGGCUCCAGAGAUCAGAUUUCCAUGAUGUGUGCAGCCUCAGGUCUUCAGCCAGGACACCCUGACUCUGGAAUGACCUGCUUUGAGAAGCUCAGGCUCACACAAUCAUUUAAUUUUAAUGUGUUUUAUACUGAUAUGUUAUUAUGUUUUAU